AAGCGUUUAAAACACAUUCUGAAAAGUGUCGGAAAGUUGCUUCCACACUUCAGGACCAGGUCCAAACGGAACGGCUCCGAAUAAAAUAAGAUACUUGCGGAUUAGUUGGGGACUUUCCCGCCUGCUUGCUUUGUGCUUUGUGCUGGACUCUCACAAGUCUUGACCUGUGCGUCCAUUUUUAAAGCCCUACCCCCGCUCUCAUUGUAAAUAGAAACUCAGCAGCACCAUGUCGCAACAUUUCAGGAGUGGACCAGCGUUCGGACUUUCCGCCGAGGUCAAGAGUAAGUUGGCAGGCAAGUAUGACCCUCACAUGGAGGAGGCACUCAGGCUGUGGAUUCAGGAUGUUACCAGCAAGAAGAUUGGAGAAAACUUCAUGGAGAGUCUGAAAGAUGGAGUCGUGCUCUGCGAACUGGUUAAUGUUCUCCAGCCGGGCUCUGUGAAAAAGAUCAACCACUCCAGUCAAAACUGGCACCAGUUGGAAAACAUCGGCAAUUUUGUCCGUGCCAUCACAGAGUACGGCCUGAAACCUCACGACAUCUUUGAGGCCAACGACUUGUUUGAGAAUGUCAACCAUACUCAGGUCCAGUCCACUCUCAUCGCUCUGGCAGGAAUGGUGAGGGCAAACCUUGCUAGCGUUGCGCCGCUUUUCAUGUUGUUGCUGGAUUCUCAGUCAUCUGGUAAAUAA